AUGAGACCCGAUUUGGGUACAGUGUCCGUACUGUUAGGAGCCCAAUGGGGCGAUGAAGGCAAAGGGAAGAUUAUCGACUAUCUGAUAGAAAAGAACGAUGUGAAAGUUACCGCCCGCUGUCAAGGCGGUAAUAAUGCUGGUCACACGGUUGUCGCAAAUGGGAAAAAAUACGACUUUCACAUUCUCCCAAGUGGUAUAAUUAGUCCAAAAUGCUUCAACAUCAUAGGCAAUGGUGUCGUGGUGAAUUUGGAUGCUUUCUUUUCUGAAUUAAUACAUAACGGAGUGAACAACGAGCCAGGAUGGGAGAAGAGAAUCAUGAUCUCUGCCGAGGCUCACCUAGUUUUUGGGGUACACGCUCAGGUAGAUGGUCGUCAGGAAGAUAGUCUAGCGCAGAAUCACAAGAUAGGAACUACAAAUCGCGGUAUAGGACCAACAUACUCCUCAAAGUGCUUCCGGAACGGAAUACGUGUUGCCGAUCUCAUGGGUGAUUUUGAAGAAUUUUCGGAGAGAUAUCUCCGACUUGUGGAGCACUACAAGAAACAGUUUCCUACAAUUGAUGUAGACACCAGUGCAGAACUUGCUCGGUUUAAGGAACAUCGAGCAAAGCUGAUAGAGUUGAAUCUAGUGGGUGACACAGUUGGACGGAUUCAUGAGUUAAGAAAACAAGGUUGUUCUGUUCUGGUAGAAGGAGCAAAUGGUGCUCUUCUCGAUAUUGAUUUUGGCACCUAUCCAUACGUUACUUCGUCGAACGCCACCGUUGGUGGAGCAUGUACGGGUCUCGGAAUUCCACCUACAGCUAUAUCACAGGUGUAUGGCGUGGUCAAGGCGUACCAGACUCGAGUAGGUACGGGCCCAUUCCCUACCGAACUCAAAAAUGAGGAGGGUGAUCGUCUGCAGAGUAUUGGUCAAGAAGUUGGCGUUACCACUGGCAGGAAAAGAAGAUGUGGCUGGUUGGACUUGUUCUUGUUACGACGUAGUGCUCAAAUCAACGGCUACACUGCAAUUGCUCUAACGAAAUUGGAUAUUUUGGAUACAUUCAAAGAGAUUAAAGUUGCAGUUGGCUAUCGUUUGGAUGGAGUGCCUAUCCAUGCGCCACCAGCUCAAGCAGCAGCUUGGGAUCGUGUGGAAGUGGAGUACAAGGUGUUCUCAGGUUGGGAACUAACGACAACUGGCAUCAGAAAAUGGGAAGAUCUUCCACCAAAGUGCCGUGAAUACGUUCUGUUCAUUGAGAGUUUUAUCGAGGUACCCAUCAAAUGGAUUGGUGUCGGUGCAGAUCGCGAAUCGCUUAUAGUUCGUGAUUAA